UGUUACCUCACUGCUAAUUUCCCUAGCAAAUAAACCAGCAGCUGCUGGUCCAUGAACCAAGUGGCCACUAGGAACAGGGCACCGUACACAUGGGGCAGGAUGCUUUCAUGGAGCCCUUCAGCAGUAACGUUGGGGUCUUUCAGUGCAAAAUAUACCUCCUUCUCUUAGGCGCUUGCUCGGGGCUGAAGGUGGUGGUGCCAUCAUACACUGUCCAUGGUAUCAGGGGUCAGGCCCUCUACCUCCCUGUGCACUAUGGAUUCCACACUCCGGCAUCAGACAUCCAGAUCAUAUGGCUGUUUGAGAGACACCACACGAUGCCCAAAUACUUACUGGGCUCUGUGAACAAGUCUGUGGUUCCCGACUUGGAAUACCAACACAAGUUCACCAUGAUGCCACCCAAUGCAUCUCUGCUCAUCAACCCACUGCAGUUCACCGAUGAAGGCAAUUACAUUGUGAAGGUCAACAUUCAAGGAAAUGGAACUCUCUCAGCUAGUCAGAAGAUACAAGUCACUGUUGAUGACCUUGUCACAAAACCCCUGGUACAGAUUCAGCCUUCCUCUGGGGCUGUGGAGUAUGUAGGGAACAUGACACUGACAUGCCUGGUGGAAGAAGGUACCCGGUUGGCUUACCAGUGGCUAAAAAAUGGGAGACCUGUCCAUACCAGCUCCACCAACUCCUUUUCUCCCCAAAACAACAUUCUUCAUAUUGCUCCAGUGACCAAAGAAGACAUUGGGAAUUACAGUUGCCUGGUGAAGAAUCCUGUCAGUGAGAUGGAAAGUGACACCAUUAUGCCCACCAUAUAUUAUGGACCUUAUGGACUUCGAGUUAAUUCUGAUAAAGGACUAAAAGUAGGGGAAGUGUUUACUGUUGACAUUGGAGAAGCCAUCUUGUUUGAUUGUUCUGCUGAUUCUUACCCUCCUAACACCUACUCCUGGAUCCAAAGGACUGACAACACAACAUAUGUCAUUAAGCAUGGGCCUCUCUUGGAAGUUGCAUCCGAGCAAGUAGCCCAGAAGACAACUGACUAUGUGUGCUGUGCUUACAACAACGUAACUGGAAGGCAAGAUGAAACUCAUUUCACAGUCAUCAUCACUUCUGUGGGACUAGAGAAGCUUGCACAAAAAGGGAAGUCAUUGUCCCCUUUAGCAAGUAUAACUGGAAUAUCACUCUUUUUGAUUAUAUCCAUGUGUCUUCUUCUCUUAUGGAAAAAAUACCAACCCUACAAAGUUAUAAAACAGAAGCUAGAAGGCAGGCCAGAAACAGAAUACAGAAAAGCACAAACAUGUUCAGGCCAUGAAGAUGCUCUGGAUGACUUCGGAAUAUACGAAUUUGUUGCUUUCCCAGAUGCUUCUGGUGUUCCCAGGAUGCCCAGUAGGUCUGUUCCAGCCUCUGAUGGUGCAUCUGGGCAAGAGUUGCACAGUACAAUUUAUGAAGUUAUUCAGCACAUCCCUGCCCAACAGCAAGACCAUCCAGAGUGAGCACUCAUAGGCAAGCAGUGCACAGGAGUGAAAUAAUGAAGGAAUGUUUUGAGGAAAAACAGUGGAAAUGUAUAUGCAUCUGGAAUCAGUGAAGAAAUGAAGCUCAAUACAUCUUGAUCCUUUUAAACACAGACUAGAGUCAUUUAUGGAACUUGGACUGCCGGUUUCCCUGCAUACACAGAAGGCACCGUGCACUGUGCUGCAGCGGAACGUGGCUGGGAAAGGUGAAGGUCCUCCGUGGAUAGUAUUUAUCGUGCUGAUGGACAGGAAGAAAAAGCUGGGACUUUCCAACUGGCCUUUUCGUGUCCAGCUUCUCUAAAAAGCACAAUUACUUCUAACGUAUACUUUCACUGUCAUCAUCACUGACAGUCACAUCUAACUUACAAAUGUGGAAGCUUUAUAGUUGUAAAAAAUUUAGCAGGCUUUGUUUUAUUAAAUUCUCAUAACUGUUAAGAUUGCUAUAUUUAUUUUUUUUAUUACAUUCCCGAAUUUCCUUCUUGCUCUUUGUACCACAGAACAAUGAUGGUUGUCACAAAAGCAAGACUAUGCCUUUUCCUAGGUUGUCAAUCACCAAUGGUGUUUUUGAAAAGACAUAAAAGGUUGAAGGAAAUGACUCAUUUUUUAAUUUUGUUCAA